GAAGUGGGCGGGUUUUGGCGCUGCCUUCUGAUUGGCUCUCAGCAGCGACCGGGCUGUUUUCUGACAGGCCAGAGCUAAGGGGGCGGGCCUUAGUGCUGCCCUCUGAUUGGAUAACAAGCAGCACUACGGAAGUUUUUACUGCGACAGCUGAGUGACUAUAAAUGGGCAGCAGCUCGGAGGCGAACUUAUUUCAACUCUGAAGCGAUCAAGCCUGAAAUGUGGCAUAAUUAAGCGAUGGCGGGAUUUCGGUCAUUUAGAGAAGACCCCAUUGCCAACACAUCAGACGUUUCUACUCGGGCGUUUUAUGCGAUUCUUCUGAACUUUACCACACCGCGCCGUCAAAAUACAAGCAAAAUUGGUUUAAAAGCCACGUGAUCAAUUGCGUGCUGAGUAUAAGUACGCGGGCAGGAUUCUCAUGUUUAAUAAAACUGCAGUCCGACCUGGCGGAGAUGUCCACCACCUCACAGAAACACAGAGACUUCGUGGCGGAGCCCAUGGGGGAUAAACCCGUCACGGCUCUGUCUGGAAUCGGAGAGGCUCUGGGCAAGAAGCUGGAAGAGCAGGGGUUUGAUAAAGCGUUUGUGGUCCUGGGGCAGUUCCUGCUGCUGAGGAAAGACCGCGAGCUCUUCGCCGAAUGGUUGAAGGACGCGAGCGGCGCGAACGCGCGGCAGGCGGGCGCGUGCUCGCAGUGCUUGCAGGAAUGGUGUGACGCCUUUCUCUGACGCUGGGCCCCGUCUGUCCUGCUCCGUCCUGCAACACUACUGCUGGUGUGUUUGUUGUUUGGGCCCAUGUUUUAAUUCGAGGUUCCUGUUUAAAAGCACGCCAUUUAAACUUGGACCUGGGGUUUGCAAUGUGGCGUUUGCACGCCUAACACUUCCAUUAUGAAUAAUAAAACAUUAAUAUUCUUCUAAAACCUUUUAUACAAAGGAGAAAAUGGAUUUUAAAUAGUCUUCAAAUGGUUUCAGGAACCAGUACGUACUUUAUUAUAUGUUGCGUAAAAUGUGACCGUUCGGUGCUUAAACUAACCAGGUUGGGAACUAGACCUAUGAAUGGAUGUUGAGGAGCAGGAUCUGAGAUGUGCAUUGUGUAGCUGGUAGCUGUGAGCCCAGUCCUAGAGCUACUCCACACCACUUGUUUGUUUUCACUCUAACACCUCUAACUUUGCUCACAAAGGGCUUUGUGUAAAGUCAGGUCUGGUGACCCGUGGGUAUGAGUGCAAGAAGACCUGUUCCCCUGGCUGGAGGUGGCUGUGUCUACAAUAGAUUUAGUGUAAAAGCCUGGAAACCUCCAGGCAACUAGGUUUCAGAAUGAGAAUCAUUGGAGAAAUUAACAAGUUCUCCUUCAAGGGUUAUGUCAAAUGGGGGUGGGGUUGCUUAAAAGAAAAAGUCAUUACAAGGUACUAAUCUUUUCAGUUUUAUGAUUAAAAAGAGACACCGGUAGAGUACGAUAUGCUUCAAGUUACAAACAUCACAUUCCAUCCUGCAGCUUACCAAAAACCGAACAUUCAGAGGGGUGUGUGUGUGUGUGUGUGUGUGUGUGUGUGUGUGUGUGUGUGUGUGUGUGU